UUUAAGAACUAAUGAUAUAGCUUUAUGGCUUUAUAUAAGUAUAAAGGAAGUAAAUAUGAAAAAACGCAAUUAAAAACUCAACGAAACUCUGGUUAAUAAUUUUAUUAUAAUUAUUUUCAUAUUAAAGUAUGGUAAUUACAAUUUACUAUUAAUUUUUUAUAUUAAACUUUAAUGAAGUUUGCACUGUAGUGCUAUAGAGAGCUUAUUUUAUACAUUGGUGUUAUAUAAAAACCUUCUAUUAUCUUGUCAAAACAUAAAGUUUAGUUCUAUAGAUUAAAGCGUAAAAUUCUUUGUUUAUUAAAUAUAUUGAAUAAAAAUUUAUUUACAUAAUGAAUAUAUAAACUGAACAAUGGCAGAUGCUCUAAAUUUUGUUAUUAAUAAACAACCGUAUAAAAUAAUUGAGGUACCUUUAGCAAAAUUUACAGAAGAUGUUAUACCUCAUCAUCAAAAUGUGUACCAACAAUAUAAAUCAUCUAUAAAAAAGUUAUUGGCUUUAAAUAAUUACGAACAGCUAGAAAAAGAAAUAAAAGAGAAAAAAAGAAAUGUGAAACAAUUAAGAAACUUAAUGUAUGAGUUAGAUACAUUAAGGACCCAAGUGGAAGAUGAAGAUCUAGAUAAAUUUGAUAUGGAAACAUUAUCAUUGAGAAAAAUAAUUUUAAAUUUGAUUACUGGUUAUACAGAAUUAGAAAAAACCGUUAAUCAAGUCAUCGAAAGACAAAACGUAGAAUUAGAAAAAGAAAACUUAGAACCCUUCGAAGGAACUUCCCAAAUUCAAAUGCAACAAACAAUAGAAGAAAUUAAAUUGAAACAAAGGGAAGAACAACUGAAUAAAGUUGAAAAUAUUCAUAAAGACGUUCAAGAUUUAAAUGAUAUCUACAAAAAUUUGAAUGAAAUGGUAGUAAAUCAGGCGGAUGUAGUGAAUCAAAUAUCAAACGAUGUAGAUAAUACACAACAGAAUGUUAUCGAAGGAACAAGGACUUUGGCAAAAGCUCAUAAAUUAAAAGCUGUAGCGUAUCCAGUUACAGGGGCUUUUUUAGGUGGCAUGAUUGGUGGCCCCAUUGGUCUCGUAGCGGGUCUAAAGGUAGGAGGAGCGGCGGCGGUAGCUUGCGCAAUAGCUGGCUACACUGGUGGUAGAUGGUUCAAAAAGAAACAUUUGGAUCAAGAAUGUCAAGGAAUUGAACAAGGGUCGAGUCAGGAUGAGGAUGCGGGGAAAAAAGAUAUGUGACAGUGUCUUUUGUGUUAAUAGACUUUUAUUUAUUACUGAGAUUGGGUUUUAUUUUUAUAUAACAACAAUUUUUCAUCAAUAAUAAUUAUUGUAUCGUUUCUCUGAUCUUAAUUAAUCAUGACUUGUAAUGGAUAGUUUGUUCUGAGACCUUUUUAUCACAUUGGUGCACCUCUUAAACAAAUGUACAUAAUAAGAAAUUAUUUAAGAAUGUGUUUAUUUUGAAAAACUUUCCACUUUAUAGCCAAGUUGCAUUGAAAUGUUGAUUUACACAAUAAAAUAUUUCAAAAAAGUAUCUAAUGUUUUAUUUUCAUUUAUCACAAUUUUUUAAUUUCACAAAUUAUGAAUUCAACAGGUACAAUUUAUCCAGACUAAAAAUGCAACAUAUUACACUGAGAAAACAAGCUCAAAUUACUACACUAAGAAAAAUAUUUUCCCAAAUGUUUUAUUUUUUUUAAUUUCCCUAAUUAUGAGUUUGACACGAGAAAUGUUUAAAUAAAACCUUCGAGAAGUAUUAAUUGACGAAAAGUGCAUAAGAAAACACUGAGAGGACAAUCUCAAACCGCUACAUUGAGAAUAAUAUUUUCGUAUUACGAUUAUCAGGCCAUAUAUUUCAGAAUAAAACUAUUAUUUUGUAUACGUUCAAAUAUAAGAAUAUUCUAUGCAGAUAAAAUAAAUUCUCGUUUUACCACUGAUAAAGCACACUCGUAUCGGUUAUUUAUGAAAGGGGAUGUUACAAAGAGGUUUGAUAAGGGAAUUAAUUAAUGUGAACGUUAAUCCCAAAAACUACAUUUUUGUAAACAAGGUUUAUAUCAACAAUAGUAUGAAAGUGAAUUUUAAGAAAUUCAAUAACAAAUAUUACCUGAAAAAAUGAUUAAAAGUGAUAAUCAAUUUGAUCCAGGUAAGUUCGACAAUUUUUAUAAUUUCUUGUUAAUAAUUAAGUACAUAUAUAUCAUUACUUUACUGGAGUCAGCAUUCCUUAAUCACCUGUUCAUUUUGUUGAUCCCAAACGGUUGUCAAAUUUAUUGCACAACCGAUUGAGUCAGAAUUUGUUGUUCUUGGUUUUGACGAUAUCAAGUUAACAAAUAAUUAAUUGAUACAUAUGAUAUAAUUAUUUUUCCAAGUUUCCGCUAUUAUUUUAAUGAAUGUAGAGUCAACUUACAUAGAUUUAUACCUUUAGGAAAAAAAUUACAAAAUGGUUUCAACAAACAAUAGACAGCCUAAGUCUUGACGUCACAGAGACGGGCGAAGCUUGUAAAGACUCCAAACAAUUUUGUGAAUAAUGGUAAAUGCCCAUGAGCAAUUUUCAUUUAGUGUUUUCGAGGUUUAUGUGAUAAAAUAAGACUUUUCAGUUGAAUAUAUUGUUGAUGGAACGUACUAUUUAAGAGCUUUUUCUUAGUUUUUCCCCAAGUGAGUUAAUUUAACAUAUUAAUUUUGCUUUAAAACUUGUUGAGGUUAUGUCUAUUUUAUUUUUGUUGUUAAUCUCUGUCAUCUACUAAUAGUCAUGAGUUUUCGAGUUUAAAUAAGUUAAUUUUUAGGUUUUUAAAAUCUAGGACUGCUUCAGAAUGUGUUUGUGCUUUGUUCCAGACUGUAAACAUUACAGUUCAAAGCAUCCAUGUAAAUUUUUUCGAUUCCCAAAAAAAGGACCGAGAGGAAUAGAUGGAUUUCUCUCAUAAG